AGUCGCGCGAACGCCGGUAACGGAAAUUCUCGCCAAACGUCGCCGUCGACGUCGGCGUUGUGUCGUCGCCGCAACAACAAAAAGCAGCAAAAAACGGAAAAGUUUAAAAGAAAUAACAGAAACGUAAUACCUUUUAUUAAAAUCUACAACAACGACAACAGCAGAAAAAAAACGAAGAAAAGUGAGCUUUUGGUCGCUGUUUGUGUGCCAGUGAAUUCCUCGCUGCCGCCAAUUCACAACGACAGGAACAAGCGACAUACCCACACACAAUUCACACCUAAAAGACUGCAAUCUGCCUUAACCAGAGGAAAGCCAGAGCCCGGGGAACCCAAAGAUACGAUAUAGGGGAGGAAAACGCGUGGAGUGGCGCGGAGCGAGCGGAACGAAGGGGAGGAAGGGUCUGCAGAUUGAGUCCAGCUCGAUCCAGAUCUGAAUCGGAACCACUAAACUGAAUCGCUAGCAUAAUCAAAGGGACAGAAACAAGUCGGCACCAUCGCAAUCUCGGGAUCACAAUGAGUUCGUUUUUCGAGCUGCUGGGACUUUUCCUGCUGCUGAUGCUGCCAUUCCUCUACGAGACCAAUCACAUAUUCCGCUACUACUUCAAGUUCAUGAUGUACUACGGCAUCGUCUCGUUCAACUCGAUCGUCCUCAUACCGGCCUUUCUCACCAGACCCUGCGAUGUCCGGAAUCUGUUAUGGGCGAGCACCUGGUGCCACCGGGUUUCCACGUUGAUCGGCCUGCGCUGGGAGCUGCGUGGCAAGGAGCACUUGGCCAAGGACCAGGCCUGCAUCAUAGUGGCCAACCAUCAGAGCUCGCUGGAUGUGCUGGGCAUGUUCAACAUCUGGCAUGUGAUGAACAAGUGCACGGUGGUGGCCAAGCGGGAGCUCUUCUACGCCUGGCCCUUCGGCCUGGCCGCCUGGCUGGCCGGCCUGAUCUUCAUCGACCGGGUGCGCGGCGAGAAGGCGCGCGAAACGCUGAACGAUGUCAAUCGGCGCAUCAAGAAGCAGCGCAUCAAGCUGUGGGUUUUCCCAGAGGGCACGCGUCGCAACACGGGCGAACUGCAUCCGUUCAAGAAGGGCGCCUUUCACAUGGCCAUCGACCAGCAGAUACCCAUCCUGCCGGUGGUCUUCUCCUCCUACUGUACAUUCCUCAACGACAAGAAGAAGAUCCUGAAUGCGGGUCGCAUUGUGAUCACCACACUGCCGCCCGUCAGCACCGAGGGCCUGACCAAGGACGACAUCGAUGUGCUGAUGGAGCGGGUCCGCUCGCAGAUGAGUGAAACGUUCAAGCUGACCUCAGCCGAGGCGUUGCAGCGUUACAAGCCGCUGAUGAAGGGUGGCCUACCCAUUUCCUCGGCAGGAUCUGUGGGCUCGGCGGCAACAGCUGCGACUCCCGUGGCGGAUGCCGCGGUGGCCGCCGCCGCAGCCGUGGCCAGCAGCAGUUCCGGUUACGGCCAGCCGGCGGCCUAUGGAGCCGGUGCUGCCAAGGCCAGCUUGCUCAAAACACUCUAGGCGAUGGUGUAGCAAUUUAAUCCACACACACUCACUCCACUCAUAUCCGAAAAAUACACACCUCAUGGGCGCAGCUGGAGAGCGCCAUUACGUGGACAUGUCGAGCUGGUCGUCAACGGUGCAGCAGUAGCCUUAAAUUAAGGCUGCAUUUGCAGCUGCUUCAUCCUUUAUAGCCAGCGUUAUAGGCCUAUUUGGGAUUUUUAUACCUAUAAAACUUCUAUAGCCUUUGCAAUUUUCGUGCAACUACAGUAUUUAUGUUACUACCAUUCGAUGUCUACAGUUUUGUUAUUUAUUUUAAAGCUUAAGCUGUUUUAAAACGCGUCCUAUUUUAUUGUAAAACCCAAUUUAAUACAAAUUUGUAUAGUAGUAAAGUAUUCGGUAAGAUAUAUAUCCUAUACUCUAAAAGGGGUAUUAAAAUUGUCCAGCAGUAUUUAUAACUUAAGGGGCUACAUAAGGUUUUUUGCGCAAAAAAAUUAUUUUUUUUGAGAACCCUUUGUAACUCCUUAAAAUUCUUAAGCAGUAUUUGUACUAAUUGGUUUUAUUUCAAUUAAAAAAUGUAAUUAAUGUAAAAUGUAAAGAUUAUUUAAACAUAAAGUAUUAACAACUUUGUUAUAUGGAAAAGUUAAAGUUGCAAAUACCAAAGAAAUUGAAAAAUAUUUAAAAAAUUCUAUUUUAAAUCUAGUUUCGACGAUAUAUUUAAAUGACAAAAGAUCAAAGCCCAAAUAGGUCUAUUAAUUCAUACAUUGUACACACUUUUUGAAACUCGAUUCAGCUUUGUUUAUGGAAACUCUGUUGUCAAGUUAACAUGUGCAUCAUUUUGUAGAUUUCCGCACUGACAUAAUAUUUUCGUAUUAUCUAAGUAUUUAGGAAAAGUGUAUUCGAACACGAAAUGUUUCCGGCUACACACGCAGAAAACACUUACAACCAAAAAGUUUGGCUAAUUCAGGCACCAAAAUGAGUAUUAGGAGCGGCAACAACGAAAUUGCGACCCUCGACUGUCAGACUUUAUCUUCAUCUUAGGCAACACAUACCAAAAAACCAUAGAAAAAAACCAAAAACUUGCAAUUUAACCUACACUAAGCAACAGGAAAUCGAGAACUUGGCCAACUCGAAAGGAUUUUGAUUAAAUUAAUAGAAUGUUAAUGAACUUUUGUUGAAAUCAAAGCCAAUUCGACUCGCUUUCCUUCCUGUUGCCUUGUGUAAUUGUUAGAUGUUUAAACCAAAAACCUAUAAUAUAAAAUACUAUUUAAAUUAAAUUGUGGAUGAACUAUUAAUGCAAAAUGACAUUACAUUUGAAGGCCGAAAACUGGUUGAUUUUUACAAUCGACCCCUCUCGACGAGCAGUAAACCAAACUCUUUUAAACCACAUGUAUUUUAUUUACUAGACAUUCCCUAACUAGGUUAGGGCCCGCAUUACACUGUAACCCCUUCGAUUUCGAUUCGAUUCACCUUGUAUCUUGUAUCUCACCUCAUGACAUCUAAGGAGUUUAAGGUAUCUUUGAAACGAACACCUAUUUAUGUAUUGUAUUCAAGUGUAUUGUGAAUUGUAUACCAUCUAUCUGGUAGAGUGUUAACUUAACUUUGUACAUACGAUGCGGUUUACUUUAAAGACAAAUCAAAGGCGAUAAGGCGAAGGCAGAGGAAACAAUUAAAUACAAGUAUAAUAAAUAUUUUUUUUCAAAUA